GACUUUGUUUUAUGAAGUUGAAUUGAAGAAAAGAGGAUGCAGACAGAAAUUAGGGUUCAUUCAUACAUACUCAAAAAUUAAUAGACGGGAAUGGAACUAGAGUUCAAGUGUUCCGAUGUUGGAGUAUGGAAGGAGGCUCUGUCUUCGUACGAUUCCCGAAUCGAAUCACUGAACAAACCAGAACUCGUCUCUCUCGACCAAUUCUACCGCAUCAAACUCCCUUGUCUUCUUCACGACCGAGACCCUAACCCUUACCUCACUACUUCCGAGCUUUCUCAACUCAUGAAAUGGAAGCUCUCUCGUGGAAAAUGGCGGCCGCGUCUGCUGGACUUCGUGUCGUCUCUAGACGAUUCAGUGGUGAAAUCUGCUUCUGAGAAAGCUUUUAAAUCGCUUCCUGACAUCUCCAAGGCUGUGAAAGAGCUCACUGUGCUUAAGGGCGUUGGUGCUGCCACCGCAUCCGCCGUUCUUGCUGCUUACGCCCCUGACAUUGCACCAUUUAUGUCCGACGAGGCAAUGGAGGUGGCUCUUGGGAACUCAAAGGAUUACUCUUUGAAACAAUACUUGUUGUUUGCAACUAAGCUACAAGAUAAAGCAAAGGAAUUAAAGUUGAAGGGAGAGUGGGAUGGGCCUUCAGAUAUUGAAAGAGCUCUAUGGAGUUGUACUGUGCGUGCAAAGUCACAGCCAGAGAAGAGCUCUUCCGGGAAGAAAAGAAAACGGUAGGUGAUAAUAUUUCUAUCCAGUUCACCUUCCAUCCAUUUUUAAGAUCAACCAUAUGUCAGCAGCUCUUCUGGAAGUCAUAUCCGUAAUUGUUCAACUGUAGUAAGUGUUCUCGAAUGUUUUAUCAAAAUGCUGAGUAUUUAGCGGAAUCAUAUAACUUGAAGGGAAAAAAUGGAUACUUUACAUUUUCAGAUAUCUUCCAAAUUAACAUUGAAGGUGGGAAUCGAAUCCUAUAUUUAAGGGAGGACGAUGAUUCUAUUUUGACUUGUUCAAAAGACUGAUUCAAUAGGUUAUGAGGGUAGAGUUAUAGGGGGAGAAAAACAAAACAGAGGAUAUGUUGUGUCCCAUUUAACUAAACUGAUUUUGGCAUGUAUUAUAGCUGAUAGGUUGUUACUUGUUACAGAAUUUGGCCACUUAUCCAUCCCUUGAACAUGAUUGAUCUUUCCUCUGCCGACCCUAUAAAUCAAACCCACAAAAAAUUAACAGACUCCAAGUACAAAGCCUUUUUUCUCCCCAUUUAUGUAAUGCAUGGCAAUAAGUGAUGUUUUCUGAUAAAUAGUCUUAGCACCUAAAAUGUAUUUCAGAUGAUACAUCAAACCAAACACUUUCGGUUUCAACAUUAACAAGAUCACUUGAGGAGUAAGUUUUGUGUGUUUAAAGAAGUUGGCCACUUAUCCACCUCUUGAACAAG